AUGUCACUCCCAAGCUCCAAGCCCAAGCUGCCCGUCGCAGUCGAAAAGCCCACACCAUACACUUUCGACCUUGGCAAUCUCCUCGCAGAGGACCCCAACCCAGUGACCCUCGACCGUGAGAACCUUGAGCAGUCCCUCGCCGAACUCGCCCGUGAUGGCGCUCAGUCUCUUAUCAACCAGUUUCUCACCACAUGCCCUCUCAGCUCUACAUCCGAGGGCGUCCUGCUCACCCUCCCAGCGCCGAGCACCCGCCUGCCCCGUGAGAAGCCCGUCCCCCAGGCCAAGGCUCCUACCAAGUGGGAACGAUUCGCCGCCAAGAAGGGCAUCAAGCCCAAGACACGCGAGCAGCGCCGUAACCUUGCUUUCGACGAGCAGACUGGCGAGUGGCAGCGCAAGUGGGGAUACAAGGCCCUAAACAAGAAGGGCGAGGACUGGCCCAUCAUCGAGGUCGACAUGGAGGCCGAGAAGAAGAGAAAGGAAGGUACCACCAUCCGUGGCGAUGGCCGAAGAGAGCGCAAGGAGAAAGUCAAGCGUAACGAACGCUUGAUGCGCAAGAACAGGGGUAUCCCCAAAUAA